UCCCGCCUCUCUCUCUCCUCCUCCUCCUCUCUCUGUCCUUCCCCAUCACCCGCGGUCCUCCUCCGAACAAUUUCCACGGCGACGAUCGAAGCCUCGGGUUUGGCAUCCUUCGGUCCCGGAUUAUUGUCUCUUCUGGUUCUACUUUCAGCCGCAAUUUCUUCCAUCCUUUUUCUACUUUUGCACAGACAUCGUAGAUUCGGAUUUUGCUUUUUCAAGAUCGGAGGAAGAUGUUUGUUUGGGGCGAAAUCGCCGAUUUCUUUUGGAAUAUUGGGAUUAUUGUUAUGCCGCUAGAUCGAUUGAGUUAGAAAACUCGCCGUUGAGAGAAUACGGAUGGAGUUGGACCGCAACUGUUCCACAGAAGAGAAUAUUUCUGAUUCGAGGAAGGAGGAGUCUGAGGAGGGGGAGACGACCAUGUUGCUGGUGCCAGCUAUGAAUGUUGGCAUCUCGGCCAAUGGGGAGCAGGGAUCGAGGAGAAAAGUUCAGUGGAAUGAUCGCAGCGGCAACAACCUUGUAGAGGUGCUGGAAUUCGAGCCAAGUGAUUCGAACGACUCCGAGGAUAAGUAUGUUAGAUCUUAUUUCUCUAAAAUUAUGUAGACCUAUUUUCUAUGCAAAUCAUGAUAAUGGAUGGCAACUCUUUUUACAGCUCCAUUGUCAGUUCCUUGAGUUGGGAACAGAUGCUUAUUCAUUGUAUUCAUUUCUUGUGUUGCCCGCAUAAUCGAAGAUUGUUUGCACUCGUGUCAUCCUUGCCCUUGUGAAUUCCAUUUGAUGACUUCUGAUGGUGAAUCAUCAAAAUGGAGUUGCAAAACCACCAGCCUCAGCUGCUAGUGCCUAUACAAUCAAUCUUGAUAACUUCAGGAAACGCCUCAAGGGAUUUUACACUUGUUGGAGUGACCAUAAAUCUGAUCUAUGGGGCUUUACAGAUGCUAUUGCAAUUGCUACACCUCCUACUUCAGAAGAUCUUCGGUACCUCAAGUCGUCAGCUUUGAAUAUCUGGUUACUUGGUUAUGAGUUUCCAGAGACCAUCAUGGUUUUCAUGAACAAGCAGAUUCAUUUCUUAUGUAGUCAGAAGAAGGCUAAACUGCUUGAAACCACAAUAAAAUCUGCCCGUGAGGCUGUUGGAGUUGAUCUCACUAUACAUGUUAAGGCAAAGGAUAAUGAUGGGACAUCCCUGAUGGAGGAGAUCAUAGGUUCUAUUCACACACAAUCAAAAUCAGAGUCUCCCAUUGUUGGAUACAUCUCAAAGGAAGCACCUGAAGGGAAGCUUCUGGAGACUUGGUCUGAGAAGCUUGCCAACUCAAACUUACAACUUACUGAUGUUACAAAUGGUUUCUCUGAAUUGUUUUCCAUCAAAGAUGGCACGGAGCUUAUCUGCAUCAAGGAAGCUGCACAUUUAACCACAUCAGUGAUGAAAAUUUUUGUGGUUCCGAAGCUUGAGCGGGUAAUUGAUGAAGAAAAGAAAGUUUCUCAUUCUUCAUUGAUGGAUGAUGCAGAAAAGGCAGUACUUAAUCCUGCAAGGGUCAAGGUUGAAUUGAAGGCAGAAGAUGUGGAUAUAUGCUAUCCUCCCAUCUUCCAAAGUGGAGGACAGUUUGAUCUCCGACCCAAUGCAGCCAGCAAUGACGAUGAUCUAUACUACAAUUCAACUAGUGUGAUCAUUUGCGCAAUUGGCUCACGGUAUAACAGCUACUGCUCGAAUAUUGCCAGAACAUUUUUGAUUGAUGCAACUGAGACUCAGAGGAAGGCCUAUGAGGUGCUUCUUAAAGCCCAUGAUGCUGCAGUAGGAGCUUUAAAGCCUGGAAACAUUGUCGGAGCUGUGUAUCAAGCUGCUCUUUCUGUCAUUCAAAAGGAAGCACCAGAACUUCUUCCAAACCUGACCAAAUCUGCUGGAACAGGGAUAGGUCUUGAGUUCCGUGAGUCUGGGCUAAGUCUAAAUUCAAAAAAUGACCGGGUAUUGAAAUCAGGGAUGGUUUUCAAUGUCUCACUUGGUUUCCAGAAUCUUCAGGCACGGACUAAGAAUCCGAAGACUGAAAAGUACUCUUUGUUGCUGGCUGAUACUGUUAUAGUGGGCAAGAAACCUCCUGAGGUCUUGACUGCAGGCUGCUCCAAAGCAGUUAAGGAUGUUGCUUACUCUUUCAGCGAGGAAGAGGAUGAAGAGCCUCUUAGAGUAAGAUCUGAUUUGAAUGGCACUGGGGUGCUCUCCUCCAAAGCAACACUGAGAUCAGACAAGCAGGAGAUGUCGAAAGAAGAGUUGAGGAGACAGCAUCAGGCAGAGCUUGCGCGACAAAAGAAUGAGGAGAUUGCCAGGAGGCUUGCUGGCAGUGUAUCUGCUGCUGGAGAAGGCCGAGGUCCUGCCAAAACAUCCAGUGAGCUGAUUGCUUACAAAAAUGUUAAUGAUAUACCCUUUGCUAAACAACUCGCUAUACAAGUCGAUCAGAAGAAUGAGGCUGUGCUCUUACCAAUCUAUGGAAGCAUGGUACCCUUCCAUGUUUCUACUGUAAAGAGCGUGACCUCCCAUCAGGAUCAUGGAACUUGCACCAUCCGUGUUAUAUUUUAUGUGCCUGGUACACCAUUCAAUCCCCAUGAUGCCAACACUCUCAAGUUUCAAGGCUCGAUCUACUUAAAAGAGAUCACUUUUAGGUCUAAGGAUUCCAGGCAUAUAAGUGAAGUGGUUCAACAAAUCAAGACCCUCCGAAGGCAGGUUACAUCAAGGGAGUCAGAGAGAGCUGAAAGGGCCACUUUGGUUACCCAGGAGAGGCUGCAGCUCGCUGGAAAUCGGAUGAAGCCAAUCAAGUUACAAGACUUGUGGAUACGUCCUGCAUUCGUUGGCCGUGGAAGAAAGCUCACUGGCAGUUUGGAGGCUCAUGUUAAUGGCUUCCGCUAUGCUACAUCAAAACCGGAUGAGCGAGUCGAUGUAAUGUUUGCAAACAUAAAGCAUGCCUUCUUCCAGCCUGCAGAAAAGGAGAUGAUUACUCUGUUGCACUUCCACCUUCACAAUCAUAUCAUGGUAGGCAACAAGAAGACCAAAGAUAUUCAGUUCUAUGUCGAAGUUAUGGAUGUUGUGCAGACUUUAGGUGGUGGGAGAAGAUCGGCACUCGAUCCCGAUGAGAUUGAGGAAGAGCAAAGAGAGAGGGAUAGAAAGAAUAAGAUAAAUAUGGAUUUUCAGAACUUUGUGAACAAGGUACAUGACAUCUGGGCACAGCCACAGUUUAAAGGUUUAGAUUUGGAGUUUGAUAUGCCAUUGAGGGAGCUUGGAUUCUAUGGAGUUCCUCACAAGUCGUCAGCUUUCAUUGUUCCGACCUCAAGUUGUUUGGUUGAACUCAUUGAGACACCCUUCUUGGUGGUUUCCUUGGGCGAGGUUGAAAUUGUUAAUCUUGAGAGGAUUGGGUUUGGACAGAAGAAUGUUGACAUGGCCAUCGUGUUCAAGGAUUUCAAAAGGGACGUGCUGCGCAUAGAUUCGAUUCCAUCUUCAUCUCUCGAUGGAAUUAAGGAGUGGCUGGACAUGACUGAUUUGAAGUAUUAUGAGAGUAGGCUGAAUCUGAAUUGGCGCCCAAUUCUGAAAACUAUUACUGAGGACCCUGAGAAGUUUAUUGAGGAUGGUGGAUGGGAGUUCUUGAACAUGGAUGCCAGUGAGUCGGAUUCUGACAACACUGAGGAAUCAGACAAAGGGUACGAGCCAUCUGAUAUCGAGCCAGAGUCCGCUUCAGAGGAUGAAGACAGUGCCAGUGAGUCAUUGGUGGAAUCCGAUGAGGAUGACGAGGAGGAGGAAUCCAGUGAGGACUCAGAGGAGGAGAAAGGAAAGACAUGGGAGGAGUUAGAGAGGGAGGCGAGCAAUGCUGACAGAGACAAGGGCGACGAGUCAGACAGCGAAGAGGAGAAGCGGAGGAGGAAGGUGAAAGUUCUCGGGAAGUCUCACAUUCCGGAAAGAAGUGCCCCAAAAAGGAUGCUGCCUUCCAAGAGACCAAAAUUCAAGUAAAUUGGAGGAAUCCAAAGGACCUGCGCCAUUGUAACUCAAGCUUACCAGUUUUCUAGGAGCUCGUUUUAUUAUGAAACUUUGUAUAUCUUUGUAACGUGCUAGCUUUGCUUAGCGGGUUCUAGUGUCUACUCCUCUGCUGAAUUAGAAAGCUCGUGGCCUAAGAUGAAUCUGAACCUUUUGAACCAGUAAACUUAGUUAUUGGAUCUUGUUUUGGAUUGCAA